CAAGGAUAUAAAACAAAUAAAAGAGCGAAUAGGACUCCUCGCUAAACAAGUAUCCGAAAUCAAACAGCAACAACAGCAACAACAGCAAUAGCACCAGCAAGAACAACGGCAGUGGCACCGUCAGAACUCCUUGACUUGGCAAACAACAUCAUCAACCACCAUCAACACGCUGUCCAAACCACCAUCACUAAAGCAGGCUUAAUGUUCCUAUAUCAAAAAAACUUCCAUCACCUCAAGAACUACUCUUUUUUUACUUUGUCCCUCUUUCUUUUACUUCUUGCUGAUGAAAAGCUAUUGGAAACAAUCUCUGUCAGUUUUAUUCAUGCUAGCGCCAAAGAUGAUUAUUUACGUCUUUGGGUGAUGCGACCAAGGUGUGGUGGUAGAAUUCUUUCGUUUGAACGUUUGGAAAAAUGCAAGAUUCCUAUGGACCAAGACAGAAAAGGUAUGCGGGAUGUUAUUGAAUUUUUUUGGUUGGUCAAGAACGUAGCCUUGGAAUCCCAAAAAGCUAUCUUAUCUCUUAAGGACUCAAACGAUGAUGCCGUGUUUGAUCCCAAGUCAAAGACUUUUCUACCAGACCUCUUGAAGCCAUGCCCAAUCAAGCCUACAAAGAUGAAUUCAUGUGGUGGUAUCGUGGAAUUAGACCCCAUCUCCUUCAUUGAAUGAAUUCGUGGUAUAUACACAUUCAUACUGUAUUCUCAUUCAUUAUUAUAGUUUUACCCAAUACUAGUUUACCUUCCCUAUGCACUUCCAUCAAUUAGUAUACUUGACCUCUUCUCAUUUGUAAAUAAAUUGUUUUUAUCUUUGUCCCUUUU